UCCAGCCUCGGGAGCGGCCAGAAGCAGGGUAGAAGAGAAACCGGGGCUGCUCGUUGAGCGCCGUUGCUGGCCGACUCCUCACUCAUGCAGCGCCGUCGCCGUAGUGGAGGAGCCGCGCGGAAGGACCGAGGGAGCAAGUGAGGGAAGGAGGAGCGACCGCCGCUGCUACAUCGCCGCCGCCUCAAUUAGAGCUCCGCCGCCUGCCUGCCUGCCUCUUCUUUCCCCUCCUCUCGUCAGUCGGAUCGCCUGGCAGCAAGGCGAGGAGGGGGCGGACCAUGCGGUGGAAGCGGAGCCCUCGGAGGCCCUGGCGGCUUCCCCGGCGCUCGCUGCUGGCCGCUCUCUUCUUUUUCUCGCUCUCUUCUACCUUCCUCUACUUCGUCUAUGUGGCGCCCGGCAUUGUGAACACCUACCUCUUCAUGAUGCAAGCCCAAGGUAUCAUGAUUCGUGAAAAUAUGAGAACGAUAGGAGCACAGGUUUAUGAGCAGGUGGUCCGCAGUGCCUAUGCCAAGAGGAACAGCACUGGAAAUGACUCUGAUUAUCCUCUUGAUUUGAAUCACAGUGAAAGCUUUCUGCAAACAACUUUCCUUCCUGAAGAUUUUACUUACUUUCCAAAUCAUACUUGCCCUGAAAGGCUCCCUUCUAUGAAGGGCCCUACUGAUGUAAAUAUGAGCGAAAUUAGUAUGGAUGAGAUCCACCAGUUCUUCUCUCAAGACCCUACUAUCAAAUUAGGAGGCCAUUGGAAGCCUAACGACUGCUUGCCUCGCUGGAAAGUGGCUAUUCUUAUUCCGUUCCGCAAUCGUUUUGAACAUCUCCCCGUUCUCUUUAGACAUCUUAUUCCAAUGUUGCAACGCCAACGUUUACAGUUUGCAUUUUAUGUUAUUGAGCAAGCUGGUAAUCAGCCCUUUAAUCGUGCUAUGCUCUUCAAUGUUGGCUUUCGGGAAGCUAUGAAGGACUUGGACUGGGAUUGUUUGAUCUUUCACGAUGUGGACCAUAUACCUGAGAAUGACCGUAACUAUUAUGGAUGUGGACAGAUGCCAAGACAUUUUGCUGCAAAGUUGGAUAAGUACAUGUAUAUCCUUCCUUACACUGAAUUUUUUGGAGGAGUGAGUGGCUUGACAGUGGAACAGUUCAAAAAAAUCAACGGCUUUGCAAAUGCGUUCUGGGGCUGGGGAGGAGAGGAUGACGACCUUUGGAACAGAGUUCACUAUGCAGGCUACUUGGUUACUCGGCCAGAAGGAGAUACAGGGAAAUACAAGUCGAUUCCCCAUCAUCACAGAGGUGAAGUACAGUUUUUAGGAAGGUAUGCACUCCUGAGGAAGUCCAAAGAGAGGCAAGAACUGGAUGGCCUCAAUAACUUGAACUAUUUUCCAAAUAUUACAUAUGAUACUUUGUAUAAAAACGUAACUGUCAGUCUAACACCAGAGCUGGCUCUGGUGAACGAAUACUAAGAGAAUAUGAGAAGAGAACAUGUCAAGAGAUUGUUUUAUAGAUGUCUCCUGGACAAGAAUAAUCUUGUGUCUAAUGAAGGAUCACAGUAUUUUGAAGAAUAAUUUUCAAAAGUACGCACAUAGAUCAUCCGACUGUAGACAUAUUCACACUGUCAGUGAGUUCGGACUUGACUUUUUGAUUUCUUUUUAAAAGGAACAGUGGUGUGACCUGCGGCUUUUGUCCCAGCACUCUAUUUCCUUAAGCAAUCUCCAGUAACAAAUAGAGAGUGAAUGUGUUUUUCUGCUCAUAAAACCAGUUUGGCUAAAAAGAAAACUAUUGGUUUCUUGACUGAGGGUGCUGGAAACUAUCCUGUGAGCUACGGCCAUUAUUGGAGAUGAACUGCUACCUAACCAUGACGCCAUUCUUCUGCAUUUGUGUUUGCCUUGGUUUUCUAAUUGACUUGCUUGAAGAAAAAAGAUAUAUAUAUCUAUAUAUACACACAAUCACUUCUUAAAGAAGUAUAGAUGUAUAUAAGCUGUAUAAAUUGUUUUCCUUUAUUUUUAUUAAAAAAUACAGUUCAAAACAGAAGCUGAAGGUUUCCAAUUUAACAUAACUCAAGUAAGCCCUCAACCGUGCAAGCACUUCAGCACAUCAGGAUGACACUCAUGCAAGUAAUUCUCUUCAGGGCUAUUUACCAGUUGUUAGUGGGAUUGAGACUUAGUCAGGUCAUUGGUUAUUUUGGAAGUCAUAGCACUGUUCAUUGGAGAAGGAGGAAUCUGGCUUGGGGGGAGUGUAUUCUAUUCAGAAAAGUGCAAAGACCAAUCACAUACAUUUUUGGAGAUGCCUAGUCUUUCUAAUGUCUUUUUGUGGUUCCACUGCAUUUUGUCUCCAUAUUCCAUAAUGGCAGCAGAAUAUCAGAGAAAAUAUCUCCUAGUUUUAUCUUUGUCAGGGACAAGAGUCUCCAGAAAGUUAACGAAGUUUCCACUUUACCCUGUUACCCUCAUAUUUUUUGUUUGGUUUAAGUUUGCAGAUCAUUCGGUCUGUUGUUGGAAAAGUCUAUAGUGAUUCCUGUAACUUUAAUUUUGGGGGAAGGGAUUAUGAAUAGUAUUUUGAUAUAUUUAUUGUGUAAAUGAAACUGAACUAAUAUAGACUAAAACUGUAGGUUGAAGUUCUUGGGUAUGAUUAUUAACCAGAGAAAACAUUGCACAAGUAUAGAUACUGGGAUAAAGAUAUCCAGACUCCAACUCUUAAUUAAAGGAAUGAAGGGCAUUGAGAUUAGUUAUAAAAAAAAUGUGAAUAUCAGACAAGUGGUUGGUCCAUAAUCUCUUACCUAGUUUUUUGUUUAAGCCUGUCAUAAUGGGUUUGUGCCUUUGUUGUGUUUUGUUUUUCUGGUUUAAAACCAGUCCAUCUGUUUAUGUAGCAUGUACAGACUUUUUUAAACUGGGGUGUGUUACUCUGGUAAAACAAAUUGUUCUUUAAUAUAUAUUUAUAGACAAGGUUUGUGAGUACUUAAUGUGAAAAGUACUUUGAUCUCUGAUUGCAUUGUUGCCUUCAGUUGUGUUAAUAGGGUUUUUUUUUAUGGUUUGGGUUUGGUGGAUAUAUGACCCCCCCACGUACAGCUGUUGCGGGUGUGAUUAACCAGACCUAUUUCUUGAACCUCAAGAGUUAUGAAGGGGUGUGUGUGAGUGAGCGAGCGAGCGAGCACAUGUGUGAAUCUUACCAGCUGAUAUGAAAGGGCAGGAAGUCUGUUCUUGAGUUUGCUGAUAAGUACGCUUUAAAAUGUUUCCUAAGAGAACCUUUAUGGUUGCUGCAGAGGUAAUAACUUAGCUUUUGUUCUUUUUCUUUUAAUGGCACAUGAAGCAAUAAAGACUUACACAUUUUGAUAAUUUUCAGUUGUGAAUAAUUCAUAUAUAGUUUUGUUUUGUUU